AUGAGUAGAGCCCAUGUCGCUACGCCCACAACGCCCGCCUUCUCUCACCCGCCGCAGCCCUCGCCCGCGCCCUCGCCGUCGCCCACCUCGCUCUACUCGACCAGCGAUCGCCUGCUCUCGCCGCCCGCCACGCCCUACGCUGUCUCCAUCUCUGGCCCCAUCAGCGUCCCCUUCUACCCGCGGCUCGAGGACUACGGCGGCUACCCGCUCGCCCGCCUGCCCCAGCGGCUGAGCGCCCGCAUGCCGCUCGAGAUCCUGCCGCGCGCGCCGUGGCUCAGUCGCAUGCGCUCGUGUCUGCGCCUGCUAAUCAUUGUGCUGUCGGGCGCCGUCGUCGUGACGCUGAUGCACACGCUGGAAAUCUACAGGGGCAACCGCUACCUCGAGCUGCGCAAGGGCGAGAUCCCCAUGGUGUGGCCUGCCCACACCAACCUGGCGCCCACGGUCAUCUUGCUUGGCGUCGCCACCGCCAACUUCCUGGCCUCGGUCGCCAUCCUGAGCCUCAGCUUCAAGCGGUCGUUCCGCCGCCCCAUCCGCUCGCGCGACCUGUACCGCAUCGUCGCCGGCAGCUUUGGCGUCGUCUUGUGGGUUGCCGCCCUGGUCGUCUUCCAUCUGCUCGACCGGGCCAGCAAGGCCAGCCUGGGGCGCUACUCGUGCCAGCACGCGUCUCGCAUCACAAACGGCCGCUUCCAGUACCGCGCCGUGUGCGAGGAGCAGAACGUCGCAUUCUACACCGCCAUUGGCGCCGCCUCCGCCGAGCUGCUCACCCUCAUCACUCUCGCCGCCUCCGCCAUUCGAUCGAUGCGCGAAGAGCCCCCGCUGCCGACCAUCCAGAUCCACGAGAAGAAGAACUCGAACCACCUGAGCACCGCCUGGCGGCCGGCGCGCCCUAAGACGUGGAUACAAUAG